UAGUAGAAGAAGAAGAAGAGUGGUUGCGAGGUGAAUCGAAGAAAAGGAGAAUAACAAUGUUCAGAAACCAGUACGACACGGACGUGACGACAUGGAGUCCGGCGGGGAGGUUGUUCCAGGUGGAGUAUGCGAUGGAGGCAGUGAAACAGGGUUCCGCCGCAAUAGGUCUCCGAUCCAAGACUCACGUGGUUUUGGCGUGCGUCAACAAGGCUAAUUCCGAACUUUCCUCUCACCAGAAGAAGAUCUUCAAGGUUGCCGACCACAUCGGCGUCGCCAUCGCCGGCCUCACCGCCGACGGCCGCGUUCUCUCCCGUUACAUGCGAUCCGAGUGCAUCAACUACAAUUACACCUACGAGUCUCCGUUUCCCGUCGGUCGACUCGUCGUUCAGCUCGCCGACAAGGCUCAGGUUUGCACGCAGCGAUCAUGGAAACGUCCUUAUGGGGUUGGUCUCCUUGUAGCUGGAUUAGAUGAAUCAGGAGCUCACCUCUAUUACAACUGUCCGAGUGGAAACUAUUUUGAAUAUCAGGCAUUUGCAAUUGGGUCUCGCUCACAAGCAGCAAAGACAUAUUUGGAACGUAGGUUUGAGAACUUCACGGGCUCCUCGCGGGAAGAUCUGAUCAAAGAUGCACUAAUUGCAACUAGGGAGUCCUUGCAAGGUGAAAAGCUCAGGAGUUCCGUAUGCACUAUUGCUGUGGUUGGAGUUGGUGAGCCAUUCCACAUUUUGGACCAGGAAACUGUUCAACAGUUGAUUGAUGCUUUUGAGAUUGUGAAGGAGGAAGAAGUUCCUCCUGCUGAACCUCAGCCUGCAACUGAGCAGGAUGCUGCCACAGAUCAGGAUGCUGCCACAGAUCAGAGUGCGGGCGCAGAUCAAGGUGCUGCUGAAACCCAAGGUGGUUCUCCGAUGGACAUUUGAUAAUUAUAGAUCCAGCACUAGACAUGUUAAAAACAGAUAUUUAAAGAUGAGUAGGUUUCAAGUUGAGUGUGUCAUUGGCAAGAUAUCUCAUGGAUUUUCUUAUCUUAAUCUUGUUUGUUUCUGCAAUUAAUCCAUGGCCGGUAAUUGCAAACGUUUAAUGGACUUGAACGCAUGGUUUUCAAUAUGCUACAAGAUACAAUCUCUACUAAAAUUCAGGAUGAAAAAUGUUGGGAAAACCGGUUGUUGAGCUAACUAU